AUGUCCCUCAAUCUCCAAAAAAAACUAGAUGAGCAGAUGGCCGAAAAAUCUGGAGCUAUUUCCUUAUCCCAGUGUAUGAGUAAGCACGCUGCUGAGUUUGCGAAGGCUGCUUCUGAGAAGCGUUUAAAAUCCACCAAUAAGGAAAAUGUGGAGGUAUUUACUGGCGAGGGGACUAGGAAGGACGAGCCGAGUGUGCCCACAAACGAAAAUCACUAUGUCAAGCCUGAACAGCUUUAA